ACAUAACAUAACAUAACAUAAAUAGCUAAAACAUUUUAAUAAAAUGAUUAGGAAAAUAUUAUGAGAGUAAAAAUAAAACAUUAGUAAAACAAUCCUAAUAGUUCUGCUUUCCCUUUUGAAGGGUUUCCAUGUUUUAAUGAAAAAAUGAGAAAGUUACAUGUUAGCAUUUUCGAGUGACAUGACUUUUUGCAUAUUUCAUUUUCUCAUUUUUCUGUACAAUAAUAUAUAAACGCUGCUUAUAUUUUUUUAUAUAUUUGCUCAUCUCGUUUGCGUGUUGGCCAAGAUGGGGAUUUUUUUGAAAUUAAAUAAAAGCGUUUACGCGAACUGUAAAUCGUAUGUGUAUAAGAGUAGUGGACAUUCGCUACUCGAUAGCCUUUUUGACGCCUACUGGAACCUUUGCAUCAAGCUGGUCCCCAAGUCAGUAACAGCUAAUUUUUUGACACUCCUAGGGUUCCUAUGCUCCACGGUGGCCUUUUUUCUCAUGUACCUUUUUGACCUGUCCAACAAGAAAAAUGAUUACAUCUACUUGUACAUCGCGUUAUUUUUGUUCCUGUACCAAACCUUCGAUGCGCUCGACGGAAAACAAGCCAGAAGAACAAACACGAGUUCCCCGCUGGGGCAGCUGUUUGACCACGGAUGUGACUCCAUAACAUCGUCAUUGUUCAUUUUUAUUGCGGGAAAAGGGGCGAACAUUCCAAAGGGAUUACUUUUCUUUUUCAUAUUGUCUGGAGUCCAAUUGCAAACAUUCAUGUUUUCUUGGAUAGAGCAUUAUGCGAAAGUGUACAACACGUCCAUGGGCUCCAUGGGAAUCACAGAAUCGCAUGUCAUGGUCAUGUCGAUGUGCAUUCUUCGAGGAUUAAAAGGAGCGGCAUUAUAUGAGAAGACAACACUAAAGGAUCUAUUACCGGGGAGCCUUAGCCUUAUACUCACCAUCUCGAGAAGCACCUACAUGGGAUUGCAGACGGCUAAGAAAAAGAGAAAAGAAGCCGCAAUACAAUUGGUGAUCUUCUACUUGUUUAUGUUGAUACAGUACUACUUUUACCACUCAACUUUAACGGUCAAAAAUGAACUCCUCUGCUACACAGUGAUAUCACUCUACUCGUCCUUCUACACCCUGCACAUGAAUAUGUCCACCGUGUUAAAGACCAAAAUGGACUCCUUCCCAAUCCCCAUCAUCUUCUACUACGUUUGCAUCGCUUUGCUAUUUAUCAAGCGCAAAGUGAACCAUAACAUUUUUAAAAUGGCCGUUUUUAACGAAACGUACAUAUUAUACUACAUGUUGGUGUUUGGCUUCGUUUACUUGUUUGAUUAUGCGUACACCAUAAUAGGAAACAUUUGCAAAGAGCUCAACAUCACCUUCUUGUUCAACAAGAAGAAAAAAAAAUGAGCAUCGAUAAGCAGCGGUAAGCGGCAAUGAGCGGCAAUGAGCAGCAAUACGCAGCAGUGAGCAUGAACGAGCUGUGCCGAUUUUACACCUGGAUGACCCAACCUUAUGUGCGCUCUCUGCUAACCCUUUCCUUUUUGGCUUUUUCAACCCUUAUCACAAGUGCGUGUGUGUGCGUGCGUGCACAUAUAUGCAUAUACAUAUACAUAUAAAUUUUUAAUUUACCCCAUUUUAAAUCUGAGCCUUUUUUUAUUUUUUUUAUUUUACGUGUUUUUUGAAAUUGGCACAAAAGGGAAUAGUUACAUUUAGCAAUAUGCCUAGUACAGUGUUUUAUACAUGCACAUGUACCUAUGUCGCAUGUGCGUGUGCAUAUGCGGGUGGAUCUUGGCGAAAUAAAUGAAAGGGAUUGCUAAAAAAGACGCUUCAUUUCUGCACUUGGUGCAUUUUAUUUGUUGCCUCAUGAAUAGUUUUUAUAUAUAUAUGUACAUAUGUGCGUUGUGCUGUCCAAACCAUGUCAUGUCAUGUGUCUAUGUAUGUAUGUUUGCGUAUG